AUGAGUGGAGCAUUAUACGGAGGAGGUUAGUUUCAAAUUUUUGAUUUUACAGACUUUGAAAAUAAAAAUUACAGAUGAAGUAAGCGGUUUGGUUUUCGAUGCAGGUUCUCAUACAUUCCGUGUCGGAUUUGCUGGGGAAGAAUUCCCGAAAGGUGAUAUUCCUUCGAUGGUGGCUGUUCAAGAACCAGAAGCUGAUGGAGAUAUUGAAAUGAACGAAAAUUCCGAAAACUCGAAUGUUCAAGCCAAAAGAGAGAAGAACUUUUUUAUUGGCACCACAAAAAUCACUGUUCCUCGCGCAAGAACAACAAUGGAAGGAUAUAUGAAAGACGGAAUGAGUAAGUUUUUUUUUGGUUUUUUAUGAAGCAAGUUCUGAACAUUUUUUGCAGUCGAUGAUUGGGAUCUUUUCGAAAAACUUGUCGAAUAUUCAUAUGAUAAUGUUUUAUACAGCAAGUCCGCUGAACAUCCAGUUUUAUUCACAGAAAGUGCUGUAAGUUUUUUUCUUUUUUGUUUAGGUUGAGAAAAUUCAAUAAAAAUAAAAUUUCCAGUGGAACGAGAGAUCUAAACGUGAAAAAUUGACGGAGCUGAUGUUCGAAAAAUUCCAAGUUCCCGCCUAUUAUUUGGCUAAAAACGCGGUUCUCGCUUGUUUCUCCCAAAAUCGCACACAUGGUUUGAUGGUUGACAGUGGAGCAACACAAACUUCAGUUGUCCCAGUUUUCGACGGAUAUGCUGUAACUCACGCAGUUGUGCGAAGUCAAAUUGGUGGCGAUUUAAUUUGUCAGCAAUUGGAAAACAUGCUUAGCGAGAAAAACGUGGAAGUUGUUCCAAUCUACAAAAUCGCUGGAAAAGAAGAAGUUGAAGAGGGCGAAAAACCAAAAUGGACACAGAAAAAGAAUCUACCUCAAGUCACAGAGAGUUACGAUAAAUUCAUGAAAAAACAGUUGCUCGAAGAUAUGUCACAAACAAUUCUUCAACUUUGUGAUCAAGCAAUCGAUUUGGAUUAUGCCGACAAAUUACCAUCCACUCCUUAUUCAUUCCCAAAUGGUUUUACAAAAGAAUUCCUUGCUGAACGAAUCAAACUUCCGGAAUGUUUGUUCGAUUUGAAAUAUUUACGAGGAGAUAUCAAGAGAGAAGGUUUGAUGACUGUUGCACAAAUGGCUGCAUCUUCAGCGAGUUUAACGGAUAUUGAUAUGCGACCAACACUUUUCAGUAAUGUUACGGUUACUGGAGGAAAUUCCUUGAUUUUGGGAUUCACUGAAAGAUUGAAUAAUGAUUUGGCACACAAAUGUCCACCGGUAUGUUUUUAAUGAAUUCGAAUCGGAAGAUUGAGUGUUUUAUAUUGAAAAAAGUUUCAAUUUUAAACUCGAGAAGUAAAUUUUUUUUCAUAUAAAAUAAUCAGUUCUCUAUUUUCAAUUAGAAAACCGCUAAAUUCCAAAAAUUCUCAUUUUUUUGCAGACAAUCAAACUUCGCGUCUCAGCCGCUCCUCUCACCACCGAACGAAAAUUCGGCGCAUGGAUUGGUGGAUCGAUUUUGGGCUCACUCGGAACCUUCCAACAAAUGUGGCUCUCAAAAGCCGAAUUCGACGAAACCGGCCGAUCGAUUGUCGACAAAUGCCCAUAA